AUGGCGCUGGGCCCGGUGCCUCCGCCCUGGGGCCCGGUGCCUCAGAGCCCGACAAUCCUAGGGGAAACUCAUGAAGAAGAGGAUGAGAUCCUUCCACGCAAAGACUAUGAGAGCUUGGAUUACGAUCGGUGUAUCAAUGACCCGUACUUGGAAGUUUUGGAGAGCAUGGACAACAAGAAAGCCCAGAGAUACGAAGCAGUGAAGUGGGUGCUGGUUUUUGCUAUUGGAGUCUGCACAGGACUGGUGGGCCUUUUUGUGGAUUUCUUCGUGCGACUCCUUACCCAGCUCAAGUUCCGGGUGGUUCAGAGCUCGGUGGAGGAAUGCACUGAGAAAGGCUGUCUUGCCUUGUCCUUGCUGGAGCUGCUGGGGUUCAACCUGACCUUUGUUUUUCUUGCCAGUCUUCUGGUCCUGAUCCAGCCUGUAGCAGCUGGAUCAGGAAUUCCUGAAAUUAAGUGCUACCUCAAUGGUGUGAAGGUUCCGGGCGUUGUGCGUCUCCGGACAGUGGUGUGCAAAGCUAUGGGAGUGCUCUUCAGUGUGGCAGGAGGUCUUUUUGUCGGGAAGGAGGGUCCAAUGAUUCAUAGCGGUGCUGUUGUGGGUGCAGGUUUGCCACAGUUCCAGAGCAUCUCUUUGAGGAAGAUCCAGUUUAACUUUCCCUAUUUCCGCAGUGACAGGGAUAAAAGGGAUUUUGUAUCUGCUGGAGCUGCUGCAGGGGUUGCGGCUGCCUUUGGAGCCCCGAUUGGGGGCACUCUUUUCAGCUUGGAAGAAGGUUCCUCCUUCUGGAACCAGGGACUUACAUGGAAAGUGCUUUUCUGUUCCAUGGCUGCCACCUUCACCCUGAAUUUUUUCCGCUCUGGGAUACAAUUUGGAAGUUGGGGAUCUUUCCAGCUCCCUGGCCUGCUGAACUUUGGGGAGUUUAAGUGCUCUGAGUCUGAUAAGAAAUGCCACCUCUGGACGGCUGUGGACUUGGGCUUCUUCAUUCUGAUGGGGAUUGUAGGAGGCCUUCUCGGAGCCACCUUCAACUGCCUGAACAAGAGACUUGCGAAGUACCGCAUGCGGAACGUGCAUCCCAAGCCAAAGCUGGUCAGAGUCUUGGAGAGCCUGUUGGUGUCGUUGACUACCACAGUCGUGGUCUUUGUAGCCUCCAUGGUUCUGGGGGAAUGCCGGCAGAUGUCUUCCACCAGUCACAGUGGCAAUGACACUCUGAGCCUGCAGGGUAUGUCAGAGGACGUGAACUCAAGCAUCAAAACUUUUUUCUGCCCAAAUGAAACCUACAAUGACAUGGCCACACUCUUCUUCAACCCUCAGGAGUCAGCUAUCUUGCAGCUCUUCCACCAGGACGGUACUUUCAGCCCAGUCACACUGUCCUUGUUCUUCCUUCUCUAUUUCUUACUCUCCUGCUGGACAUACGGGAUCUCUGUGCCCAGUGGUCUUUUUGUGCCAUCACUGCUUUGUGGGGCUGCCUUCGGACGCCUGGUCGCCAACCUCCUCAAAAGUUACAUCGGCCUGGAUCACAUCUACUCGGGAACCUUUGCACUGAUUGGGGCAGCAGCAUUCCUGGGAGGAGUGGUCCGCAUGACGAUUAGCCUGACUGUCAUCCUAAUUGAAUCCACCAACGAGAUCACCUACGGGCUCCCAAUAAUGAUCACCCUCAUGGUCGCCAAAUGGACAGGAGACUUUUUCAAUAAAGGCAUCUAUGACAUCCAUGUGAACUUGCGAGGAGUGCCUCUUCUGGAGUGGGAAACAGAGGUGGAAAUGGAUAAACUACGAGCCAGCGACAUCAUGGAACCCAACCUGACCUAUGUCUACCCACACACCAGGAUCCAGUCCCUCGUUAGCAUCCUGCGCACAACUGUCCAUCAUGCCUUCCCAGUAGUGACUGAGAACCGGGGCAACGAGAGGGAGUUCAUGAAGGGAAAUCAGCUGAUAAGUAACAACAUCAAAUUCAAGAAAUCCAGUAUCCUCACCCGAGCUGGAGAGCAGCGCAAGCGUAGCCAGUCCAUGAAAUCCUACCCUUCAAGUGAGCUGCGAAACAUGUGUGAUGAGCACAUAGCAACGGAGGAGCCCCCAGAAAAGGAGGAUCUGCUGCAGCAGAUGCUAGAGAGAAGAUACACUCCCUACCCCAACCUGUACCCUGACCAGUCUCCCAGUGAAGAGUGGACCAUGGAGGAACGCUUCAGACCUUUGACCUUCCAUGGCUUGAUCUUGCGCUCGCAGCUCGUCACCCUCCUCGUCAGGGGUGUUUGUUACUCCGAGAGCCAGUCGAGCGCGAGUCAGCCUCGUCUGUCCCACGCUGAGAUGUCAGAGGAUUAUCCCCGCUAUCCGGAUAUCCAUGACCUGGACCUCACCUUGCUGAACCCUCGCAUGAUAGUGGAUGUCACCCCAUACAUGAACCCGUCACCCUUUGCUGUCUCUCCAAACACUCAUGUGUCACAAGUCUUCAAUCUGUUCAGGACAAUGGGACUCAGACAUUUACCGGUUGUCAACGCGGUUGGAGAGAUUGUUGGGAUAAUCACUCGGCACAACCUGACCCACGAGUUUCUGCAGGCAAGACUGAGACAACACUAUCAGACCAUUUGAUGCCCCUGCCCACCCUGCCCCACUGUCGGUGUGGCUCCCUCCCUCUUCCAAGCCUGCACACGCGCUCGCAUUCUGCUUGGACCCCACAAGGCCCAAGACUUGCCGUUUGGCUUCUCACAUGCAAAUCAAGCCUGGGGAGCUGGAAAACAUCUUGCUAGCCACAGAAUUAGAGGAGCUACCUGAGCCCAGAGCUGUUGAUGGGUCUCAGGCACUUGGUUUGACCACUCUUGAUCCAGGUUUUUUCUCCUCCUGUGCCCCAGUUAUCUCCUUUCAUCAGAUGUUGUCCUGACACCGUAUGUUCUGCUAUUUUGUUUUGGUUUGGGUUUUUUUAGUGGUUGGAAAAAAGAACCAUCUAGUUCCGCUGUAUCCUGUGCAGAGAACUGCAGCAUCUCUUCCCUCUUGUCCUGUAUGUCUCCCUUUUCCUCUUCCUCCCUUGUUCCUGCAACUGUUGCCUUACUCGUGUGAGAAGGGGGUCGCUGUCAAGGCUGAGAGGAGAUACUGAAGUCUGCAGUUAUCAAAUAGCUGCUCUGGAGGAUGGCUUUUCUCAGAAAAGGCAUUAAAAAAUCCAGCUCUUUGAAAAUAGACCUCUCUUUGCGCGUGCUCCCAUUUGCCCAUGUUGUCCUGAAACCAGGACACAUGUUUUUUCCUCUCUGCCUUCAUUUGUUCCUAAUUUCUCUACUUCUUUCAUGGGGAAGCAUCCCCGCUGUGAUGUUUUUGACAGCAGCUGACUUUUGAGAACAGCUCAGCAAAUCAGGAGUUCAAAAUAGUUCAAUUCUGGUGACUGUUUUGGAUUAUAAAUAUUUAAUACAUUUGCAAAGUAUUUCAGAGAAGGGAGAUCUUUUCCCUGUUCGGUGUUGCUAUUAUCUCCCUGUAAGAGACUCUUCUAAGGCACUUUGUGGCACUCCACUUUGUCACUACCCUGACACUCCUGCAUUUCUUGGCAUUUGUAGGCACUUUGUCCUUGAACACUGAGAGCCUGGGACACAUUUCCAGAGAGACCAGGGAACCUCAUGUCCUCAGAGCACAGUGAAAUGUUCCUUUCUGGAGACAAAUAGAUCUGAUGCUCUGUCUCUGGGCUUGGUGGCGUUAUCUCUGUGUCAUGAGAGGAGCUGGUGUAACUUCAGGCUGCCAUACAGGAGGGACACUUGGUGCUAGUGACGAACAGACAGGAUUUGCUGCAGGGUGAUAAGUGGGGCUGUCUGUGCUCUAAAAAUGCCUGGGAUAAUGUUUGCACUUGCAACAGCUAAAUAUCUCUAAGGGUAAAAUCAGCACUUAGGAGCCAGUUGCAGCCAGUUUGCUGCUUUAGCAGGUACCAUCCUGGCCAGCACCUGUAUUGUUCCAGCAGGCACCUGCCCUCCUGAGUUUUGCAUACAGAUAACCCUCCGUGGGAAGCCAGCAUUGUGCCUCCAGGGUCCACAGAGCUGAUUGGCUUGAUAAAGCACAGAGCAUUCUCUCAGCCAAGAGACUGGGCCAAGUAAUAUGGGAAAUGUAUCCCAGAAAAGCUUCUACACAGUCUCUGAGCACUCUGAUUAACCUGUUGUCUGCCAUAAGGAGCUAGCUAGAAGAGAGUUGUGCCAGAAGGAAAUCAGACAUUGUUGUAUUUUCUGAAUUCAGGAGUUCAUCUAUGCUGAAGAUUUCCCUGACUAAGCCUGAAGAAGUUCUGCCCUUUCCUUACAUGUGUUAAAACAUUAAAUCUGUUAAAACAGCCUCUUUGACUUUGUGGAAGCUGGUUGUUCAGGGAACUGCUCUGCGAACUGCUGGCUGCUGAGCCCUGCUAAGUUAGGGUUAGGAGGAGGUUUUGUGCCCAGGGCACCAGCCAGGGCCUUCAUGUAGGGCUCUUGAAGUCUCUGGAACUCUUUGAUGUUCAUGGGCAGACAGAUGAUGGGCAGAUGUAUUCUCUGGCUGUGCUUGCAAUAAAGACAGCUGAGUCAUGGGAGGCUCUUGAAUUUUGUCCAACUCAUGAGGAAAACUUGGUCUUGACUUGCAAGUUGUUUCCUGGUAAGUAAUGUAAGGAUGUUCUCUCUGCAGAUGAUUUCUAAAAUGCUUUUGUUCCCUGAGCUCUGGUCUUGCACUGAGCUACCCCAAGAAACUUCCAGCACCCUUUUGCACUCCCUGAAGCUGGACUGUAGGUCUGAAAUACAAUUCUGUUAACCUACCUUUCAUUCAAAGGAUUUGUGCUUGUGGGCAGUUAGAAAUCACAGGAAUCCUGUUUUGAUGGGAUUUCAGAUCACUGUAAUGUGGAAUUAGCAAUCCCAUAAUGUCAGAGCACCUGUCAGGAAUGCCCCAUGUCUCUCCAUGACAGAUCUUUUUCCUCUUGCUCAUGUUGAGAGAUUGUUUGUGGAAGGUUCCUUCUCUUCCUGCACAUGAAUAGGGCUCCUUAGAUUGUUUGCCUUGAGCUGCUCAUGUCCUGGUUUAUUUCUGUAUGCAAACUGCAGCAGCAUAUUUUGCUCCAGGAUGUCUUGUCAUCGCUGCUGAGGCCUGGAGUUAGGCUGAACAGCCAGACAGGCUGAAAAAUCUGGUCAGGGUUUGUCUGAGCACCAGCUGGGCUUCCCCAUGAGAAGGCCACUUGCCUUCAGCCAGCUGUCAGCACUGUCUGCUCUGCCUAUGCAUCUAUCUUAUUUAAAUGUUUUAGCUGGAAAACACACCCCUUUCACUCUUUCAGUAAAGAAGUUCUAAAUAAGGAUGGUGGGUCCACCCUGUCAGCUGCUCUGAAGGGAAAUCUUGGUGUGCAAUCAGUGUUGUGUAGCUUGCAGAAAGGGAAUUAGGAGUUCGUGUGACGUCUGGGGAUGUAGCAUUUCCCUUCUGCUAGGCCUGGUGCAAAGAGCCUUGUGGUGAAAUCGGUCUCGUCCUCACGCUUUGGUCACUUCAUUCCUUUCUUACCACUCCCUGCCUCCCCCCUGCCUGCUAGUGAUUUACCAACAAACCUUCUUCUAACAUAGGUGCCUGUAACCUUUCACUCAGAGCAACACUAAAGGAAUAGUAACCCAGAACUGGAUUAGUAUUGAUGGCAAAAGUUAAGUUAGGGGGUAGUGUGGGGCCUUCUCCCCUGCCUCGUGGUUUCCUGUGCAGUGUUAAUUAUGCAGGUUUGAAUUGUUAACUUACUGUGAGCCAUUCCAAUGGUAGUGACUUACCUUUCCAUUUGGUUUUUUUGCACUGUUUUAUUUUUUGUUAAGAAAUUAUGUAAGCUAAUUCCACAAUGUAUAUAAAUUGUAUUUUUUUUUUAAAUUUGUAUGGAUAUAUUUUUAUUUGAACUAUGGCACUUGGGAAGUAUUCAUGUAACCAUAACAUGUCUGAGAGUAAAAUGUUUGUGUCUCCUUCAGCA